GGCAGACGCUGCCUCUUCGCUCCGAGUCGACACGCGGUGCCACGCGCUCCCCCGGCCGGACGAAUCGCGCGCCCGCCGGCCUGGCACCUCGUCGCGUGUGCCGUGGUUGCAAAUCAUUUCUCGCAGUCGGAGUCCGGAUGUUGCAUUCUCGCAACUGUAGCCGAAUAUUGCUGAUCAUUUUCGCGUCUCGGUAUUGCGUUUUUACAUUCGCUUGAUGGUUGCACGUAACCCGGAUGUUGCCAAUCCUUCUCGCAACCGUAGUCAAACAUUGUUAAUCACACUCGCGCUUUUUGCUUUUUUUUUUUUUUUGCAUUUGCCAUUUAGCAAGUGACACUUCCUAUUUCCAUUCUUAAAAUAACCUUCUUUUCACUGGAUUAAUAUGCAACUCAUUCCUCGUGAACUGUUAAAGACAAGAAUGUAAAGAAGAUAUUUACUUCGUUCUUAAUAUUCGACGAAAUUUUUUGUGUCAACCUGGACUGAACUUCGAUGUAAAUAAGGUGAAAAGAGAAGACUUCUGCAGCGAAAGGAUUUACUAACGAGAGGAAAUAUAAACAAAGAGAAAAGGUAAAUAGAUAGAUCAGUGAAUGCGUAAAUAGAACUAGACUUCAGAGACUACAAAAAGUAAAGAAAAUAUACAAAGUGAAAGAUAGAUAAAGAGAACCAUAGAAAUAAAAACCUCCAUAGACUUGAAAAAAAGAAAAGAAAAAAAAAGUAAAAAAAAAAAGUGACCUGAAAAUCGUAUGCGCUUUCGAGACACGAACAAGAAUUCUCAAAGGGCGCAGGAAUCACCCUGAAGAAAGCUCCUGUGAGAGGCGCAGCAGCGACAGUGGAGCCACCCAGCACGGGACGAGGUCACGGGAGGUCAUCUCACAGGAGGUCAUGGAAAAUGGCCGCCUGUGUCACCGCAAAAGUCCUUCCGUUGGUCGCUCUCUGCUGCCUCGUCGACGGAGGCUGGGCCAUGAAGUGGGUACGGUUCAGCGUGCCGACGUGGGCAUCUCGAGGUGAAGACGUGAGACUAACGUGCGACUAUGACCUGGAAGGCGAACAGCUGUACUCAGUCAAGUGGUAUAAAGCCGGGAGGGAGUUUUACCGAUAUGUACCCGGUGAUUGGCCCCCGCAGCAGUCCUUCUCUCUUCAUGGUGUUCAGGUUGAUGAGGUGAGAAGCAACCACAAGAUGGUGACGCUCCGGAAGGUCAACCUCGACGCUGACGGAAGGUACAAGUGCGAGGUGCUGACGGAGGCGCCCCUCUUCAAGACGCUCGUCAGGUCCUCCAUCAUGCAUGUCGUUGCUUCCGAGGGUGUCCCACAGGUCACGGGAGGUCAGAGCGAAUACCGCCUCGGGGACACGGUCAACCUCACCUGCACGGCCCCCCGCUCCAUCCCCCCCGCCUCCCUCACCUGGUAUAUCAACAACCAAGAGGCCCCACAAGACUACCUGGUGUCCUACCCUUCCCACGUGGACCACGAAGGGCGCGUCGAGGCCAAGCUGGGUCUCCUGUUCCGGGCCGAGCGCUGGCACUUCGUCGAGGACAACAUGACCCUCAGAUGCUCGGCCUCGAUCCACAGCCUGUACGAAAAGGAGGUCCUCCACAGCGGCAUUGUGGUGGAGCCGUUGGUGCCCGCGCUUCUCGAGGACCAGAUUUCGGCAGGAGCAUCGACCCUUGUGUGUGCAGGAAUCAUUGCCUGCUUUAUUCUGCUGUUCCUCUGAUCUCCACCCGGAGUCUGCUAAUGCCUGCUGUCUGCUCGCCCCGCUUAGUGACGACAAGUUCUGCUUAAUCAAGUUGCUAAGUUUUUCGCCCGUGUUACUAU